AUGCAUAAUCAACAAUCCUAUUUAAGUGCUGGAGAAGAUGAUAUGUUAUAUGAUGAUACAACGCCGAUAACAUUUGGAGAGAAUAAAAAAUCAAAUUGUAAAACCAAUAAAAAUGAUGUACCAAUUCAAUAUCCAAAUGAGGAUAAAUUAUCAACAUUAUUUAAUACAACAGGUCGAGAAAAAAAUUCAACAGGUCCUUUAAAACAAUGGCUUUUUGAACAUCAACAUCAUCCAUAUCCAAAUGAAACUGAUAAACAAGAAUUAAUGGAAAAAACUAAAAUGUCGUUAUCACAAAUAACCGUUUGGUUUACAAAUGCUCGAGUUAAAAUGAGAAAAGAAAAUAAAUUACCAUUAAAUUUAUAUGCAAAAAAGAAAAAGAAAAAACAACAAGGCGAUUCAUUUCAUCUCGAUGAUACUUUAUCACCACCAUUUUCAGCACAAAAUUUAUCAUUCAAUGAAUUAUCAACAUCAUUUGAUAAUGAUUAUACAAGUGAUGGUAAUCACGAUGAUACAUUUACUUCGAAUACUGUUAUGGUUUGUCCAUCGAUUGAAAAACGAAUUGUUUUGGCAUAUUCUUGUUUGAAUAUCGAACAAAUUACUGAAGUUCAUCGUUUUGCAUCAUUAUUUCCAAAUCAAAUAAUAUUAUCGAACUGUGUUGAUGAACGUACAACACAUUUAAUAGCUGGAAAUGAAGAAAAAACAUUAUUAUGUCCAUUAACUAUAAAAGUAUUUCAAGCUAUUGCUCGUCAUUUAUUUGUAAUAACAUAUCGAUGGAUAGUCGAAUGUUUAAAACAAAAUCAAAUAGUUGAUGAACCUUUAUUUGAAAUACGUGGUGAUAUACCAUUUGGAGAAUAUCAUGAUGGAAUGCGUACUAGUCGAUUAGCAAAACAUAUAAAUCUUUUUCAAAAUUGUCAAUUUUUUAUUUUAUGUAACGGAUGUCAAGAGAAAAUGUCUAAGAAUGAACUUGCUUCUUUAAUUACUUUAUGUAAUGGUACACUUCUAAAUGCUCUUCCAAUAACUACACCAAAUGAUUCUUCCAUUUUAACUAUCGUUCUUUGUGAUAAAUUAAUUCCAUUUAAUUGUUCAAAUCAACAACAAUUAUUCGAAACAUCUCGUUCAAAUGGCGUUCUUUUUCUUAGUCCCGAAUGGAUACUUGAAUCAAUUGUUCAAUUUUCUUUACAACCAUAUGAUAAUUACGAAGAAAAAUUUUAA